GAUGGCGACUCAAACGGACCGCGGUGUUCCUCUGAGUACGCUUGCACCCAAGUUUCUUCACAGCAACUCCACCAGCCACACCUGGCCCUUCAGUGCCAUAGCUGAACUCAUAGACAAUGCAUAUGAUCCAGAUGUCAAUGCCAGCCAGUUCUGGAUUGAUAAGACUGUGAUCAAAGAUGAAGAAUGUCUCACCUUUAUGGAUAAUGGAAAUGGGCUGGACUAUGAAACAAUGCACAAGUUGCUCAGCUUCGGGUACAGUGACAAGACUGCUGUGAAUGGCAAACAGCCCAUUGGGAUGUAUGGGAACGGCUUCAAGUCUGGAUCCAUGCGUCUUGGAAAAGACGUCAUCGUUUUUUCCAAGUCAAAGAACACGUCGUGUGUUGGGAUGCUCUCUCAGACCUACCUGGAAAAGAUUGAUGCCAAGCAAAUAGUUGUGCCUAUUAUUUCCUUUGAAACGAGAAAUGCAAACUACUUCUCCGUAAGAGAAGAGCACAAAGCCAGUCUGCAGGACAUUCUGCGCUACUCCCCGUUCAGUACAAGAGAAGAACUGCUCGCUGAGGUCGAUGCUAUCAAUUCAUCCUGGUCCAAAGCGAAAACUGGCUCACGGAUCAUCAUCUGGAAUCUGCGCAGGACGUCCACUGGAAAAACAGAGUUUGAUUUUGAGAAGGACCGUUACGAUAUCCGAAUUCCCACUGACGUCUACGAGGAACUGCAGGACCCUACUCAAAUUCCAGCAUCAUACACCCCUGAGUGUGUGUUCUCACUGCGGGCAUAUUGCAGUAUCCUCUACCUGAAGCCUCGGAUGCAGAUUGUGGUACGAGGUCAAAAGGUGAAAUCUCAGCUUAUCGCUAAGAGCCUGGCCUGCAUCAGAAAGGACCACUACAAGCCCACUUUCCUGAACAGACGCAUUACCAUAACAUUUGGGUACAACACCAAGAGUAAAGACCAGUAUGGCAUCAUGAUGUAUCACAAGAAUCGACUCAUCAAAGCUUACAAACGUGUGGGCUGUCAGCUUAAGGCCAACAACAUGGGAGUUGGAGUCAUUGGGGUCAUAGAAUGUAACUUUUUAGAUCCUACCCACAACAAACAGGACUUUAUGGAGAAUGAUAACUACAGAAAAACCAUCAACAAUUUGGGGAUAAAACUGGAAGAGUACUGGAAGGAAAUCCGCUACAGCAAGACAAAAGAUAAUCCCAACAGCACCGUACCAGUCGAAGAUACCAUGAACCGACCAGAUCAAAACUGGGUGCAGUGUGAUCAGUGUUUAAAGUGGCGCAAACUCCCUGAUGGGAUUGACAACAGCAAGCUGCCAGAAAAAUGGUUCUGCCGCAUGAACCCUGACCCUCAGUUCAGGAGCUGCAAUGUUGAUGAGGAGCCCGAGGACUCUGAUGAUGACCAACCUUCAUACCGCAAAACAUAUAAGCAACAAGAGAACAAAAAGAAACGACAAACUAAAAGACAAACGGGUGAGGAUGAUCAAAGGAUUCAAGAGGAUGAGAUUAUAGCUGAUAUUGUCAGAAAGAGCAAGGUUCUCUUACAGCAAGAUAAACUGAAGCUUCUUCAAAAAUCUCUCCAUUCCCCUUCCACUCCCACUACUCCAAAAACAAGGAUAUUUCAAGGAGGUGGUGAGAAGGCUGGGUCCACUCCGCUAAGUUCCUCCAACAUUUCACAAGCUGCUUGCAGCCCCUCCACCAGCAGCAGCAGUGGCCUCCCAGUUAUUUCUGAUGUAUUCUCACUGUCAGUGACCCCCCAAAGUCUAAAAAGAUCACAGCCUGUUACUCCACAAACAAAACUGAAGAGACCAAGAGUAAACGGCUUACAUAGUAGCACCCCCACUACACCCUCAUCAGUAGAUGUGAGACCACUGAGCCCCAAGUCUGUGCCUCACGUUAGUGAUGAUGAUGAUGAUGAUGAUGAAACUGAAGUAGACACUGAUGACGACAUUGUCAUCUUGGAGAUUGCUAGUACUCCCAAGCCAAAGAAACCCGUUGUUCAUCUUACUAAAGUGAAGAAGGAGGAAGAGUCGAGUCAGAUUCCCAUCAGUAUGGAGUGUGGCAACGAUGCAGCUGCUGAUGCCACCUCAGAGAUAAAAGUUGAAGGAGCGAGCUCUGCAGAGUCUGCUGCUGUGGAAAGCUGUCCUUCCCCGUCACUCCUUGACGGACAGGCCAGCACCACCACCCAGACAGAAGUACGCAUGGUCAAGCAGGAAGUGGACAGCCAAAAUCAGACUGAAAGGGAAGAGGGAGCACCACAGAGUACGAGUGCAUGUACUAAAGAACAGAGUUCAGGUGUUAAUGUCUGCAGUGCAGAGCAAAAGCUAAUUAAGCAGGAGAGCAGUGAAAACACUGGAGAGAAGGUGUUACAGAUUGGAGUAGCACAUAAUCUGAUAAGUGAUCAAAGACCUGGACCUUCCAGUGCAAGUAGUUCUCCACAUCACUACCCCAACAUUACUGAGGUACAGGAACAGCAAGACCAGCUCCUGGAGCUGAUGCAGGACACUGCUGUGGAGAGAGACAGAUUAAAAGAACGGGUCCGUGAACUUACCUAUUCACUGCAAGACGUUCAGCGCAGACUGCAGGAUCAAUCUCAAGUCAAUGUAAGGAAGGAGGUUUCUCACCAAGAAAGCCAGACAGAAGAAACAGAGGGAAAGACCAACUACAAAAGUCUGUUUGAGAAGGUCAAAAAGAGAGUCAAUGAACUUGUUAGGGACAAAGAGGCCUUAUUAGAAGCUUCUGAGAUGAAGCCCAACGGUGAGGAGGAGGACAAUGAUGAGAUUUCAAUGACAGUCGACCGUCUGCUCCAUGAACUGGAUCAAAGAGACAAGGAGAGAGAUGAACUACGCUCACAGUUGAGCAGUCUCGAGGAGGAAAAGGCAAACCUGGCAGCCCAGUGUGAAGAGCUGAGGUUGAGCAUGCAGCAGCAGCAGCAGCAGCGGAUGGAAAACGCAGCAGAAGGAAGCUCGGGUCCACAGAGAGAUCAUUCUCAUCACACGUAUCCAUCAGAGGCAGGAAGUUUGAUUGAACUUCGGCAGAACGUCGGCCGCCUUCUCGCCUCUUUUAUGCCUGUACUGGACCUGCAGCAAGUCAACUAUGAUUGUAAUGUCAUUGACGAGAUGCUAGAACAGGUCCUUUCCGAUGACUCUAUCUUAGCUCAGCUCAGAGCAAGAUAUGAGUGAAUACUCAUCGAUCCUGGACUGAAGUUUGACAUUUCAAAUGGAAUAAAUGGAUGUGGAGUCAUUUGCACUGUUUCCUAAAAUAAGCAAUAUAAGCAAUAUAAGCAAUGCAAUCACAGCGAAGAUGAAUGAAUGUUUUGUGUUCUAUGUUGUUUAUGGGUGAAAUAGUAGAAAGUAACUCUCUUAAGUGAUGCUUCCAGUUUUACAUUUAAUUAUUAUUGUGUUGCAUCUGUUUUUACCUGUUACAUAGCAUAUAAUGUACAGUGAAAUAUAUUUUUCUAUUACUAUUUAUGUUUUGUAACUAAUUCCAAUAUUUUUCCAAGUUAUGGUAUCAAUUUAUAACAAAGGACUCAGCCUCCUGGGUUGGGCCGAUGCAUCUUUAUAUACAAGCUGUCAGUAUCUGAUAGGAUGUUGGUAGGAUUUUAAAUCACACUGUUUGAUUUAUGAUAAUGGGAUUAAUACAUGAUUAUGUUAAACUUUAUGUAAGAUUCCUCCAAUUUGGAUGUGAAUAACUUCAAAUAUGACUGCGUCUUUAACUGAAUGUGUUUUGAUAAACUGCUUUACAAAGUUGUGUCAGUGUCCAAUAAAUAUAUGGACAUACCUGUAAUACUGUAUUCAAUUUAUAACUGCAGUGUUUAUUUUUCUUUACAUACACGUGUUGUUAAUACUAAUGUAUUUUUAAUGCCUAUUAUUUUCAUAAAGAAACCAAUAAUAAUGUGAAUGUAGGGUUUAAAAUGUCGGGGUCUAAAUAGUUUUCAUACAAAACUGUAUCGAGAUAUUAAUGUGGUGAAAAUGUUGAGCGUUGUAUAAUAACGUAUAAUGAUAUAAAUAUUUCUAUGACCGUGUUUAAGAAAUAACCGGAAAUAAAAUAACGAGGGAAAAACUA